GUCAGAGAGGGCGUGGCUGUGGGCGUGUCCAGGGAGAGGCUUGCAGAGGUACAGGUGAGACAGGUGAAUGUCUCAGCUACAACGUGUCUGGACUCUACAUCAGCAGCAGCGGACACUCAUCUCUGCCCACUGACUGCAGCACCUCACCAAGCAAAAUGAGUGCAGAUGGAAACAAAGAACCUCCUCCCUACAUCAUACCAGUUGAAGGUCAGGGCGAUGGAGUGAAGGUUUACCACGUACACACCCCCUUCACCCCUCCCACCUCACAGGAGCCCACUGUUUACACAAGUGGAGGAGGCGGCGUCGGUUCAGGCCUCGAAUCUGGAGAUGGCAGAAGAAAGUUUGUGAGCUACGACACGGCGCUGGGGAGAACUCCCGGCAUGACGACCUGCACCUCCUGCCAGCAGCAGGUCAUGACCAAUGUCACCUACAAAGCUGGGACGUACGCCUGGCUGAUGUGCUUACUCUUCAUCUGCUGUGGGUUAGUCCUGUGCUGCUGCCUGAUUCCAUUUUUCGUGAAAAACUUCAAGGACGCGUACCACACAUGCCCUCGCUGCAACAGAGUCCUGCAUGUUGAGAAGAAAAAAUGUUGUAAAUGACGAUCAUGAAGGCAGAAAUGGAUCCAUAGAAAUGAUCAUUAACAUCCUGUUACCUUUGUCUGUGUUUGGGUCUCCUGGUAAAACAAACAAACAAACAAACAAAAAAAAAAACAAACAAACAAAAAAAAACAAACAAAAAAAACAAAAAAAACAAAAAAACAAGCAAAAGUCACAGUUCAAAUGUAGCAUACUUCUAUGGAUGAGCCAUUACCUUAGCCGAGGUGAAAUCAAGCAUGAAUGAGUUCCUCAUUACUUUACAUUAUUAGCAAACAGACUAGGAGUGAUUGUGUUGUCAGAGCUUAAAUAUUAUUUGCUCACUUUUAAAGCUCUGGUGAGAGUUUAUCAAAGACUCUAUGCACUUUUUGGGAGCCGUUAUAUUUUUGUCCCAUUUCCAGCAGAAAAAACUUUCUCUAUUAUACUACUCAGACUCUUUUGCGUUCACAUUUGUUUGAAAUGAAGGCUUGUAUAUAGACUCUGUCAAAUAGUUCACGUUUCAAGGGAGUGUGCAUUUGCAGCUCAAACAGACCACUUGUCCAUUCGAAGGUAUCGUCACAACAUUUGCAUAAUUGACAGCACUGUAAAACAAGCAAACACAACACAUCAGAUCAGAGCAGAGAGCAAAAACAAGCACAUUUUCUUGUCUGCGGUUAUUGCACAAUAAAUCUGUUAUUUUUAAUCAGAAAUUAAACAGCUUAGAAUAAAAUGAGACCGAUGUGGCUCAUUUUGUUAUAUUUACAUGUUGUCAGAUGUAAAAUUACUCGUAUAAUUCUUGCAUGAAGGGACGAAGGGCAAUUCUAGCGAGUGUUAAGUUCAAAGAAAAGCAUACAUUAUGUACAGUACCAGCCAUGUGUAAAUACAUUGUUGACAUUUGUUUAGAUCACUAGAAUCUUUACCUCCAAACAAAGAUUUCUCCAUGUGUUUUUGCUGCAAUGCUAAAGACAAUGCAAAAUUAAAGCAAUACAAGUGUACACUAUGCAGUCAGCUUUUGACACUUGUGGUGUCAAAAGCUGACUUGUUUGAAUAUUUAAAACCCUUUUUUUGAUCAUCAAAGAGAAAUAUGUUUUUGUCUGAUAGCUUUUGUUUCAAAUUGUUUUUCCGCUUUAUUAUACAAUAACAGUAUGUAAAACAGGCAAAAUGUUGUUGUGAGGGAUGUAAAUCUUCACCUCCUCUCACAUUGUCCUCCUGGAUGAAACUGAGUAUGCCUCUGUUAUCUGUUAUGUACUAUUAUUAACUAUUUUAUAGCAUUAUUUCUCUAAUAAAAGUAGACUAUAUAGACGAUA